UCCUGGCUGGAGGCACCGUGAGUUCAUUGUGUUCUUUAGAUUAUAAACAAAUGUGAACGUUAAUAGAGAGUUCCACUGUUUGUCUCUUCUCAGCCAACCAGUUUAAACCAGAGUGAAAGAUGGAGCUUCAGUCCCACAGGACAGAAACAGUGAAGGAGGGAAGAGAGAGACAGAGGGAAGGAGAGGGGGAGGACGGAGUGACUGCAGGAGGAGGAGGAGGAGGGGGAAAGAAGGCAGGCAUGAAGAGGAGACAUGAGGAAGAAGAGGAUGAAGACGAGACCUCACCCACCAAGAAGCAGGUGCCUGAUCACAGUGUGAAGGUGGCCAGUCACUACAACAGUCUGCAGGAAGUUGGUCUGGCUGCUCGAAGUCGAAGCAGAAUCUUCUUCAUGAGGAACUUUAACAACUGGCUGAAGAGCGUCUUGAUUGGUGAGAUCCUGGAGCAGGUGCGAGGGGCGGGGCCUCAGCAGAUAUCUGUGUUGGACCUUGGCUGUGGGAAAGGAGGAGACCUCCUGAAGUGGAGGAGAGGCGGGAUCAAUCACCUAGUCUGUGCAGAUAUAGCAGCAGUGUCGGUGGAGCAGUGUCAGAGUCGUUAUGAAGACAUGAAGAGGAAAAGUCACGCUAACGAGAAGAUCUUCAGCGCUCAGUUUAUCACCGCAGACUGUUCCAAGGAGGUUUUGUCAGAGAAGCUGGAUCACCCUGAGCUGAUGUUUGACAUCUGCAGUUGUCAGUUUGUUUAUCAUUACUCAUUUGAGAGUGAACAGAAGGCUGACAUGAUGCUGAGAAAUGCCUGCGAGCGUCUGAAACCCGGAGGUUACUUUAUUGGAACGACACCAGACGCCUUCGAACUCAUUAAACGUUUGGAAGCAUCGGAUUCUCUGACGUUUGGUAACGAGGUUUUCAAAGUUUCCUUUCAGUCCAAAGGUUCGUAUCCUCUGUUCGGAUGUCAGUAUCACUUCAGCCUCGAGGAUGUGGUCGACGUUCCAGAGUUCCUCGUCUACUUUCCUCUUUUUGAACACAUGGCAAAGCGUUACAACAUGCGUCUGGUGAUGAAGCAGAGAUUCUCUGAGUUCUCUGAGGAGAAAGUGAAGAAGGAGCAUCAUCGCAGCCUCAUGAUGAAAAUGAUGGCUCUAGAGCCGUUUCCUUGUGAGGACGGAGGUCGACAGGCUACAGACAGCAGAGGAGAGUACUGCCAUGCUAAAGACCACAGCAGCAGAGCUGGAGUCAGACUACCACUGGGCACUCUAAGCAGAUCUGAGUGGGAAGCAACCAGUAUCUACCUGGUGUUUGUGUUCCAGAAGAUGUGUUGAUCCUGAAAACAAAGUCUUAUUGUUUGACUCAUGAAAUUACCUGCUGCUCAUCAGCUCACCUGUUCUCCAUCUUGUGUGCGUACAGUGUUUACCUGUUUUCUUUUUAAAUCAGUUUUUGAUAAAGUAUGAACUGUUUAAGUUUGUUGA